AUGCUGGGUCUAGAACGAGGGUCUAGGGUUGGUGAAAAUAUGGAGCCUCCAUAUUUUCCAGAAGAGGAUGAUAUGCCUCCAGUUAGGAAUCCGAAUGUUGUACCUACCUAUGCCAGAGCCAUUGGAAAAGUUGCAGGUAGAGAUCUAGUCGCCCGCCGAUGGAAAGAAAACGAACCACUACGUCGAGAAAUUCUAGAUGCUGAAGGCGUGCCACUCAGAAGACGUCCACUGAUUUCAAGAGUUCUUGGUAGAGGAGGAGGAUUACACAUUUUGUAA